AAUAAAGACCGCGAAACAAAGAUAAGAUAAUUUUUCUAUUAUCUCAAAAGAGGCAAUUGUAUGUAAAUUGGGUUGAAUUCCACUAAUUUAAUAUUAAGUGAAAAAUUAUGAUGUUUUUUCGCUGUGCCAUCAUUUAUUUCUGGUGCCCCCUGUGGCGGCGCCUCUGGGCGAAAUGUUGUCACUGGGGCUCGAAGAUUCUCGCUGGGCUUUCGCCCGGCACGUCGCUUCACCCAAAACCAUCCCAUACCCAAUCCCCGAGAUCCCACAGUGCGCAUUCCGCUGCAGACCGCCGGCCGAGGCAGUCGAUUCAUUAAUAAUCUCCAACGGAAUUGGAAUUGGUAGUGGGAAAUCGGCGAAUCUCGCCAAAAUAAACAAGCUACCAACUAGCCGCUAACUGUUUUAGAGUUCCAAACCCAGUCGCGUCCGCCUAAUUGCUUUGUUUUCAUUCUGGUUUUUCUGUGCAGUCCCAAAGGCAAGCCUGAAACCACAGUCAAAACCAUUCCGAAACCGAAAAAGUUUUUAUCGCGAGUUUUGACCUCGACGUGAAAGUUUCCACCGCUGCGUGCACUUGUUAUAUAUAUAUAGCAUAUAUGGCGAAUGUGAAGAUUGUGGAGUCCAAGCUGGACAUAUUUCAGGCCCCGCAGACCCAUGCCUUGGCCCAUGCCGUGGAGUCAUCCUUUGUGGCGGAACGAGGAUCCCUGGCCUGGCAAUUUGCCCUCAUCUACGGCGAUGUGGAUGAGCUCAGGCAGAGGCGAGUGACCAGGGGAAACUGCGCCGUUCUGGAGCAUAACUCCCGAUUCAUAUACUAUCUGGUCACCAAGUCGAAUCUCUACGAGGCCAGCACUUAUGAUGACGUCCAGGCAGCUUUGAUCUGUAUGCGGGAACAUAUGCGCAACCACGAGAUCACCAAAGUGGCCAUGCCCCGAAUCUGCUGCGACAAAGACGGCCUCGACUGGAGGCAAGUGAAGCGUCUGGUGCAGCAAACCUUCUCCCAGAGCGAGUACCCCAUCGAGAUACUCAUCUGUGAGCACGAAGACAUGUCCAAGGAGCUGGCAUCUCCCAAGUGUCAAAUUACAGAGGCCAGGGGAAAUCUAUUCAGUGCCCCUGAGAAUUACGCUUUGGUGCACUCUGUCAGUGCGGAUUUCGCCAUGUGUGCGGGACUAAAUCUGCAGUUCCGCUGCAAAUUUGGCCAUGUGGAUGAGCUGAAGCGUCAAAAUAGGCACACCGGAAAUGUGGCAGUCCUGGAGCAAGACGGUCGUUAUAUCUACAAUCUGAUAACCAAGGAAAGGAGCCAUGAGAAGUGCACCUACACUGCUCUUUACUAUGCCCUGCUGGCCAUGCGGGAACAUAUGAGGGAGCAUGGGGUAACCAAGUUGGCCAUUCCCCGCCUGGGCUGCGGCAUUGAUCGCUUGGAUUGGCUGCGCGUGCGCAGUCUUCUGGAUCUGGUUUUCGCUGAGGACAACGUGGACAUCAUAGCCUUCUUCUACACUCCACCACAAAUGGUCAAGGACACGCUGAACAUCGUUUGUCCCACCUGCAGGCACAUGAAGACCAUCCAUUUGCCAUCGAGAUCCGUCAGCGGAUCAAGGCAAUCCCUUCAUCGCGAAAAGACUCCAUUUUAGAUGUUCUAAAUCCAAUGAGGAAACACUGUAUAUAGCACUCGAAACGGUUUUGCUUGGGACUUGUGGCACCGAAUGCACCAAAUACUUAUAUAGCUGUUAAGAACAUACACCUAAGAGCUUUCAAGGCACGCACAAGUUUUUAUAUUUUUGGGGUAUUUAUACUAUAUGUACUGUAUUAAUAAACAAAAUAAGCCCUCGAGAGGGUAUUAACCAAA